AUGCUCACCACGGCGCCGCACCUUCACGUCCGCCGCCCGUCCCCGACAACCGCCGAGUUCACCGUCACCACCUGCCCGCCGCCCACCCUGUCCCUGCGCAUCCUGCUGGGGCUGGUCUUUGUCGUGCGCGUCCUCCUCGGGCUCUCGGUGGUGCUGGUGCUGUACUCGACAUGGACGCUCUCGCCUUACUACCACCACUCACACCAUGCCGCCCACCACUCGGCGAGCAUCGCAACCGCCACCCCGACGGCCUCGAGCACCACGCCACUCCUCCAUGACCAUGACCAAUACCACAGCCAUGUCACGAUUACAUCGUCCACGGCCCCCACCCCAGCCGACCAUCACGAUGGCCCCGCGAAUCCCCCCCCGACCACACUCUACACGACCGAGUGGCUGCCGUACCUGGCGCGCGCGGCCCAUCUCUCGCCGGCCGGCCGGGUGGCCCAGCGCCUGGCCGAGGGACUGCCACCCUAUGCCGCACUCGCCCUGUGCGCCGCCGUGGCCUACGUGACGACGCUGCGGGUGCACACGACCGAGUCGCUGCUGGUGCUGCGCGGGCUCGGCGUGCAGACGAGCUCCGUCGGCGGCAGCUACCUGGCGGGCUGGCGCGCGGGCACGCGCUUCAUCCCCACCGAGAAGAUCCGCGACGUGCUCAUCAACGAGGCCUUCCGCGGCAUCGCCGUGCGCUACUACCUUAUCGUCGUCGUCGAGGGCGAGGACGACGUCGUCGUGGUCUUUCCGCGCCUGCUCCCCGGCCGUGGGGUCGUCGAGGCUGUCUGGAGGGGCGUCCGAGGUUGCCUGUGGGAGCCCGACGGGGCCCUGCCCGUGAGCAGGCGGUGGGAUGAGAAAGGUCAGUACGGGAAGGCUGUGGAUUGA